AUGCGGCGUCAAUACCGGCUCCUCCUCUCAAACAUCCCGCUGAGCUCCACGGCGCAAAGGCGCCUCGGGGCCUCAACCGCCCGAUCGCCGCCUCGCGACACCCCCAGUUCCGCCGCCGUCCCACGUCGAAAGGUGCUGCAGCCUACCCCGCACACAGACAAUGACUGUAGAAGCGCUCAUCCAGGCGGAUGCAGGAGACGGGCGCCCGAGCGCAAAAGCGGCUCCGCCGGAUCCUUCUCCUUCACGCCGGCCAGCGAGGGCUCAAAGCCGCGGGCGGCACUAUUGCACCCACACACAGUCAGUGAAACACACGCAUGGGCCUCACUUCAUCCGGUGCAGACUUCGUGUCAAAUUUCAGCGGCAGGGAGCAGGGCCGGCUGUCACUUCGGACGAGUUACAUCAACUUCUUCCCCGCAGAGGCAGAGCACACCACCGCGGCGGCUUCUGCUCGCAUAG